AUGAGUGGCCACGAUCUAAACCAGGGAAAACAGCCCGAAUACCUCAAAGACUCGUUCUGUCAGGACUACGUCGCCCGCAUCAAAAAGAAGCGUCCGACUGGGGGCAUUCCACGUGAGGACCAAGUCGAUCACCUUUGGCAGCGAAUCCUGAAGAUAUACUUCGAGCAUCAGACCAGCGCUGCGUUGUUCGACGUGCAGAGGGAGGCAUAUGCCACCGAACAGUCGCAGAAGAGAAGCGACAUCUCCGUUGACAACCGACGUGGAGAGCCUGCUGGUGCGCACAAGGUCAUAUGGUUCGAGGCGAAGCGCCCCAAAGGCACUGAGCCUAGCAGAGAAACCAUGCCCAACGAGAAUGAUUGGGAAGAAGCCAGGGGUCAAAUCCGGGGCUAUAUGGUAACUGCCAGGGCGGCAGAUGGUGAUGUGCAGCGCAUGUAUGGGGUUACAGCAGUAGGUAUGUAUGCUCGCAUGUUUCAAUUGCCAAGGCACAGCGACCGGUUACAGGCAGUUGAUGACGGACGCACCUUCCAUGUCGAGGCCGAUGGGAUUGCUAUCGAAGAACACAUUCAAAGAUGGGUCCGUGUUAUUUCUGAUGGCAACAACACAUAA